CCAUGAGAUGUUCGAACGAUAAAAAGCCCUCCGACGAUACCUCUCGCGCCUUAGAGCGAAACAGACGGAUACUUCGGGCGUUGGUGGGAAAGAGAGACUUUCGGUGACGGAACGCAAAAGGUGCAGCUGGAACGAAUGAGCCCAAUCUCGGCCGCGGUGUUUACAUCGCGUGAAGUUAUCAGCGCGAGCGGUUAUCGACGGAACGGAGCGGCCGACAGUGGCCGCGAUAGCGGCCAUUUGCAUUCGCGGUAGACGGAUCCGCGGUCCUGAAUGGAAAGCUUGUUGUCGCGAUUGCGGAGCGCGUCUUAGCGUAUUCGGCGAGGCUGCCCUGCGUUUCUGUGAAGAUGGCGAAGGCGAGCGGUGACGUUUCGAGGACUGUAUGUGCGAAUACUGUCCAGCAGAAUGAGAGGAGGCUGCGUGAGGCGCGAAUUAGGAAUCAGGGAAAAGGCCGAGUCAGGCAGGACCUAAACAAAUUGUUUGGUAAAAUCAAUCAAGCCGUGGAAGCGAGCUCGCUAAAAUCUUCGAAGAGGUUGGGUCUGUCAUGCUACAGCAGGAGUGUUUCCAAUUGCUGGUAUGGACCGAUUCCGGAAUUUCCACCGGGAUCUUGGUGGGGCAUACGCAUGGAUUGCUCCAGGGACCGGAUACAUGAGCCAUUUGAUGCAGAUAUACAUGAGGGCCCAUUCGGUGUAAUCUCCAUCUGCACUUCACAUGCCAAUGUGAACGAGGAUGUGGAUUUCGGUGAUUAUUUGACGCUCACAGGUCAGGUGUAUCAUCCAGAACAAUCCAGUGUGGAUCCACUCAUUUGCAAUUAUAAAAAUCAAAUACCAUUGAGAUUGAUCAGAAGUUACAAUCUGCAAGAUGAUAUCGCGCCUAAUACAGGAUACAGGUACGAUGGGCUUUACACAGUCAUAAGUUCUUGGAUUGGCAUUGCUUCAGAUGGAACCAAGUACAACAAAUUCGCUCUAAUGCGUCUUGCUGAUCAGGGAUCGCCCAACUGGAGCAAUAAAGGCUUAGAAGAACUACCUUCCAUGCGACAUUAUAUCCCAUUGACAAAGUCAAAUCAUUCAAAUACCUAUGAUCUGAGAAAGUGCUCGAAUAAUGUCGGCAUUACCUAUGGUAAACGAAAACUCAGUCAUGGAGACAAUCUCGAGAGCCGAUCAAUCGCAAAAGUGAUGCCGUUGAAUGACACUAGCAAACAAUCUGCGCCCGAAAGUUCCAUCGUCACGCGUCAUGUCUUUAAGAAACUACCGAGUAAUGCGGAUAACGCGAUAUCAACUUCUGUACCUGAUCAAAAAAUGUUGCUGUGCCUUGGUGCGUCGACCACUAAAACCCAUAGUACAAACAUUUCGAUACGCAUGGGCCUGUACGAAUCAUCGCAUAAUUCGCAGGACGCGAAAAAGAAUGUUUCGACAAUGUUACACAAGCCGUCCAAACCGAUCGACAUCACCAUUCGUACAGCAUUGGACAUAGAAAGUAGUCGUUUGACACCUAAGGAGGAGAGUAAGCCUAACAAAAGAACAGAUGUAGACAAGGUGCGAUUUGAUCCUCGACCGAGUGAAAAUGUAUCUUGUAACGGCCAUAUUGUGGCCGAUUACGCGAGCAAAGUCGCUUCUCCGUUGGAUAAACGCAAAGAGAACUUGUUGGAAACGAUACAAUCGGAACAUUCGCAUUCCAUAUCUCUGUUACAAACUAGCCUCGAGAACGACGUUACGCUUGAACAUAAGGAACAACUUCUAAAUGCUCAGCAAAGCAACAUACAAGACUCAAGUAUUAAUAACGAACUGGUACAGAAAUUGAAUCCCAGUAAUAAAUCUCUAAGAGAUUCAGUGACGCACAAAAAAACCUGUGAACAUCACGAUAUUUUGGAAACACCAAGCGAAUCGCUCCGCGCGCAAGACAUAAAAUCCUUAGAUUCCUUAACUCCAGAUAAGAUUUUGAACUUGAUUAACAAAGAGAUGCAUCAUCCUUUGUCCAAAUUAUUGAUCGGGAAUGUGAUAGGACUGACGAUUGAAGAAUGCGCAAUAUGGAACGCAUCGAAAACGGAAACGGCUCCAAAUUCUAAGAGCAAGAAGAAUGUGUCAGCAAGGACAAGUCUUAGGAGGAAACGAAAAGGAACGGACAAUAUAAAGGAGAAUGUCGCUUGUUUAGACAAUAGAAGAUAUUGUAAAUAUGCCAAGUCCGAGAGGUUGUUUUGGAAAGUGCCGAAGCAAGCGGAUGGAGGAAAGUUCGACAAGGUGCUACCUAGCGUGGAUCAGUCUUGUAACGAUGAGAAUCAAAAGCGUAAUAGUAAUGUUAGAAGAAGCGAUCGAAAUAACAUGUCCAAGGAGAACAACGAGUACUUAUCGUCGUUUCGUGUGCAGACUUCGCUUCAGACUAUCGCGCAACAUACUCGCAACUCGUACGACAUAAAGACUCGUUUAAGAACUGACAAGACCGCGAUAUUAGCGAAACCGGAGUUUCCUAAAUCGUCGAUCAAGAAGAGCAAAUACAAGAAACGAGAUAGGGAAAUUGCCAAUUUAUCGAUAGACGCAAAUUUCGGUCCUGCGACACGUGGGCCUAGGAACAGGAGAUUACGAUGCAAAAACAAUGCAUACACGAGAUGUUGUGGUACCUUCAAUACUGUAAUAUAUUCGCCCAACAAACGGUGCAAAUCUACUUUCGAACGAAAAAAUAAAUUGACUAAAAUCAGUCGUCAACGUGCCGGAGAGAAACAAACUAAGGACAGGUAUAGAAUGUCUAACACCAUGCAUACAAACAGCAAGGAUAUCAAUUUAAUCGCGAAACAGAAAAAUCUCAAGGAUAAUUCUGGUAAUAAUAACAACAACAACAACAACAACAACAAUGAAAAUCGCAACAAUUAUAAUGAUAAUAGCGUCAACAACAGGAAGAAAGAGAAUGAGACUGCAACGACUGGUGAUCGUGAUGUCAUCAAAGCUUCCUUCGACAAGAAUCUUCGAAAGAAACUGACAAUUCCUUUAUCUCAAACGCCACGUUUACAUUGCUUUCGUAAGAAACAGAUCGAGAAACCCAGUACGAUGGACGCGACGACGCAAUGUAGAUUAAUCUCGGAGAAUCCGGAAGUUUACGUAAUCGGACAGUUGAACGAUCAAAAGGCUAUCUUGAAGAUGGAAUGGGACAAAUUGGAGAAGCUGCAAUCGAUGGACGUACCCGACGGCCGAUGGUCUCAGGUUUAUCAAGCGUCGCAAUAUUGCGCCAUUUCUGCGCUCGCGGAGGAUAACGCGAGUCGCAAGAGCGACGAGGAGUAUGUGGAUUCUCCACAGGAUAAAACGUCGGCCUUCGUACCGGUGAACGCGUUCGACAACGAUCUGCGAAUCGCGCGGCUCAGAUCGAUCGGCUUCAAACCCAUAAUUACGCCGCGAUCUCCCAGUCUCGUCACACGCGACUUGGAAAUCAUUCAAAACGCGCUUGUUCAAACCACGAGCAAAGUAACGAAGCGUGACGUCGCCGAGGGAUAUUAUAAGUACGCGAAUAAUGAGGAUAACAACGCAGUCGUUUACAUGGACGACGAGUUGCAAUAUCAAGAUAUCGAGGAGGAGGAUGACGAUGAGAAACAAUUAGCUACGAAUCCGACGAUCAAGUCGACAUUGAGAGGACAAUCGAAACGCGAUAACGUACUUGCGGAAACGUUACCCUCGCGCGAGUUAGAAUCUCCUUGGCACGGUUGGAAAAAGAUCGUCAAAAAUAAUGAAUCAUAUUGGAUCGGCUGGUAGUCGAUAAUGAAUAGAUAAAUAGUACCACGGACGUUGCUAAAUUUACAAAUAGGGAUGCUUCUUCGCUACUGCGAUCAGAAAAAUGAACCAUUUUAUCCAAACGUGUACAAUAUUAUAUCUUUAUUUUUUUGCCAAAAAGUAAAGGCUGUUAAUAACAUUCUAAAUUAUUUUUCUAACAGUAAUAAUACGGUAUUCGAGUUGAUUAACAUAUUUUUAAUAAAGCAUCGACAGAUUAUCGUAUAAUUAGUUUCUUAUAUAUAUAUAUAUACAUAUAAAUUAUUCAAUAUCUAUAUAUAUAUAUGUAUAUUUGCUAUAUGUGAGGUAUUAUUAACAGAUGUUUUAAUUGUAAAUAAAUAACGUUCUAUUCAUGUAA